UCGAAGGAACAUUUCAGCUCCUGUCAGUUGGCCCCACCGCUUGUCAGUGGAGGAGGAGAUCAUGCGAGAAGACCUUGGGAAGAGAUGGGAAGAGUUUUAUAAGCUCCACCGAGAGGCGAUGAAGUGGAAAGAAGAGGAGAGGAAGAGGCGAGAAGUCCCUUUGGAAAUUUAUGCUCGAGGUCCCCAAGCUGUUAAAGCAUAUGAUAAAGCCUUAACGGAGGGAAGGGCCUGCAUCAAGAGAAUACCAGUGAUGUUGAUCGGACAGGAGCGGACAGGAAAAACUAGUCUAAAAAAGUCAUUAAAAGGAGAAAUUUUCAACGAAAAAGAGGAAAGCACAGUCGGAAUCGAGACUGACCCUUCGUACUUUAAAGUAUCGACAGAGAUUUGGAAAGGCGGAAAAGAGGAGGAAGAAGUAGAAUUUGAGCCAGAAGAUCAAUUUGAACACCUUGCAGCAGCGAAAGUAAUCUGUGAAUUUUUAAGGGAACAAAGGGCAAGUCCAGAGUCAGAUGCAGAGUCAGAGUUAAAGCCUCCGGAUGAAUCAAGCAGAAACAGUUCUCGUGAUGGCGCAACUAAGCCCUCAAGAAAUAUCGAGUCCUUACACAGAAAAUUGCCCGAGGAAAUAGCAAGGCUGGUGGAAAAAAUGCUUCAAAAGGAGGAAAAUGCAAACCACGAAGACAACAUCUACUCAGUUCUGUGGGAUUUUGGUGGACAAUCAGUGUACUACGAAACCCAUCCAAUUUUCCUUACGGAGAAAGCUAUCUACAUUUUGGUGUCUAACUUGAGUCGUGAUCCAGACGAGGAAGCCAGCCCGCCUGUCAGAACAGGGCUUUUCGAGAACAAAGUUGACAUUGACUGCCGUAAAACAAACCUUGAUUAUCUGGACUUUUGGAUGUCAUCAAUAUAUUCCCUAGUAAGUCCAGAUGUUCUAAGCCCUCAACAGGCCGCUUCGAAUGUUACUCAUGUUUUGCCACGGAGGCUUCCCCCGGUAUUCCUGGUAUGCACCCAUGCUGACGUGCCGUUUGGUGGAUCUAACGCCAGAGAUCUUGCUCUUAAAAGGUAUGGCUUUUUGCAGCGCAAGAUGUACAAGGAACAUCUGUAUAAAGACUUUUACGUCGUGGAUAAUACAAAGUCUGGGAGCGAAGAAGAAUGUAUUGAAGUUAAGCGACUGAGAGGGGAGGUACUUGCUGUUGCAAAGGAACUGCAACUGACGAAAGAAGAAAUUCCGGUGAAGUGGUUGAGGUAUGAAAACAAGCUUCGCAAAAAGCAUGAUAAGUGGAUAACACGUGAAGAAGCCAAGAGGAUUGCAUUUGAAGCCUGUGGAAUCCGAGAAGAUGAUGAGUUUUCCAUUUUGUUGAAUUUUUUGCAUGAUCAGAGAAUUGUGAUUCAUUUUAGAGGCUCUCCAGAGUUGGAAAGAAUGGUGAUAUUAGAUCCUCAAUGGCUUGUUGAUGUCCUCAAAAACAUAAUCACCGUAACGCGUUAUAAAGACACGGAGCAUCCUGUCAGAGACCUCUGGAUAAAACUUGAAGACACCGGAAUCUUGGAUGAAAAGCUCAUUGACCAUGCUUGGAGAGACUUGCCUGACGACCAAGGAAGUCACGAGAGCCUCAUUGCUAUCAUGGAGAGAUUAAGCUUGCUUUCCCCCUGGCCGUCAUCUAAAGAUAGCAAGCAGUACCUUGUGCCAUCCAUGUUGAUGUCACCCCCAACAGAUGACGUCCUACAGCAUCUCGACUCUGUAAACAUUCCACCUCUUUUUGUAACAUUUGCAUCAGGUCGAGUGCCUCCCGGUGUAUUCUCCCGACUUAUCCUGCAUUUUCUCCAGUGGUGUAGUGAAGAAUGGAACAGUGCAGUGAGCCCAGAGUUGUUUCAUAAUUUUGCCAUGUUUCACAUUCUUCCGGACCAAGGUAUCUCCGUCAUUUUUUGGUGCCAUGUCUCAGCUAUCGAAGUCGCCAUUUACAGCAAAGAUUAUGACGAGAAAAAAGCAGAUAUAUCCCGUGCUGUUCGCUGGAAAUUGAGGUUUAUAGUCGAAUGCAUGCGGAAAGAGUUUCACUGGCUCAACAACGUAAAGUACGAUUUGUGUGUCUGCUGCCCAGUCUGUUCUCGACCAGGGUCGGUAAAAUGCCGCGAUCAUGACGUGCGUGGAUGUGAGUGUCUACACUUCUUGUCAGAAUCUGAUUUGAGACAGCAUCAACAUUGUGACAGACCAGGACGCACCAUUCGUUUGGAUCGCAAGAUUCGGGUCGAGCAGUUUCAAUGUUGGUUCUUAAUCGGAGAAGAAGAGGAGGGCGCCGGAAUGUCAACGAAUCAGCAGUUGCAAGCUCUUCACACAACAAGUCAUGGAGGUUCCCUCGGUGCGAAACGCAUAUUUUCUAUAGAAGGAAAGAAAUGGAAAGAGCUGCCCGAGAGUAUCAAAACCUCCAUCCAGUCCAUUCCACUCAACUCAGGAAGUAAUGUUAAGGAUAUUGUAAUUCAGUUUCAAGAAGCUCUGCAGUUGAAACCAGCAUCUUUGGCCAUUCCAGAGCCUGAGACGAAAAGUAUGAUUCGUGACCUCGCCCUGAGAGCUAAAUCUGAGAAACGGGAUGAUUUGGUGAGACACUUACGAGAUAUUACACCUGCUGGCACUACUGGACCGUUGUUGAAUGAGGAUAUGUCAGUUGGUUGCAUGCCAUAUAAACAAUACGAGGAUUUAACGUUCAGCCUCUCGGGUGGAGACGAGUGGAAACUGUUGGCAGAAAGGCUGGGUUUAUCCCAAAUCCAGAUUCGCUUUCUAGACAAGAGAGUUACGAAUCCUUCUGACGUUGUCCUUAGCGCUGUGGGAAAGCAUCGCCACCUGAGUGUUGGAGAAAUCUAUGACACAUUAGUCGACUGCGAGCUACCAGCUAUCGCAGAUCUAAUGUAAAUUAGAAUAUGAAUACUGGAAGAAGGCGAUUGACACAGCAAGAACCAGUAGCAAGAAGCAAGGUAGCGGCCGAAGACUUAUUUGCGAGAGAUCUAAGGGAAAAUACUCUUCCUGAGCUUGGAGUCGAUAAAUUAUGCGUU